AUGGCCUUGCUCUCAGGACGCAACAAGAUGUUGCCCCGGCAAGACUCACUACCUCCUCCAAACACCACAACGUGCUCGGGUUGGGACUGCCUGCAGCAGUCCCAGCAAUUCGGUGUCAUUUUCAGCAUCAUCCUGAGCGUCCUUACAUUGGCCUUCCUCUACUGGUUCUUGUUCUGGCGCCGCCGAAACCCACUCACAAAGAAGCAGCAGGACGACGAUCCAGAGAUUGUUGAGAUUGAGCUCAGGUCUCCCAACUCUUCUCAAACUACAGCAGUAAUACGGUUUGUUCCAGGAGAUCCAGGAGACAGGAGGAGGGAUAGUCAAAGCGGGACGGUCUUCAGGCUUUACAAAGACAUAACCCAACCCGGUGCUGACUCCCUAAGGAACCCAGCUCGUAAUGACGAGCGUUAUAUUCUGGAAGGCUCAUCAGUCUCUGAUUCGUCACCGUCUCAACCACCGGGAGUGAAAGGCCGCAAGAAGGUGGAGUCAAGUAACAAGCAAGGGCGUGGCAUUUCGGCUCCAGGAAAGCAAAAUCCAGAAUACAAUCAAGCGAUUGAACAGGCAAAUGCCAACAAUGGCCGAUGUGGUUUCUGCGGCCAAUGCCAUACCAUUUCCCACCAGCAGCGACUGCUUUAUAUGAACCAGUUGGGAUUAAACUGGUAUAAUCAACAUCCACGUAUAAAUCCUGCACUACACACAAUGCCAACGGUAAUGCCAGGUGUGCAGCUCGGUCAAGUGCCGAGGGUACACUGCUACCCAUAUUUCCAGCCUUACAUGGCUCCUACAUACACACCCAUGCCCGCGUCUACGCCCGCGGCACCCAUGGUGCCUUCUCAACCGUUGCAUGCCACCCAUUUCUCUCAGACAUCACAUAAAGCUCAGGCAGUACCAGCAGUACAACCUUUUCAACCUCCCAUUGGAGCAACAACAACAGCUCAAGCCAAUCCGGCAACAGCAGACGUUCCAAAGACAACAGCAAAUAGGAUACAUCAUCCUCCUCCUGCAGCCCAACCUCUGGUAUACCGGGACACACCGUGGUGGCGAAGGUGGGUUUGGCGACAUCCAACAACUGGUCGAGCUUCCACAAUAGACUCGGACUCGCAUAGAUCAAGAAGUCAGUCUCCACGUAGCUCAUUCAGUCCAUCACCAGAUCGCUCCCAAAGCCCCGAGCAAGAUCGUCCCACGCGUCGAAAUUUUCAUGAUGGUGGCAAGGAUGUGCGGCCAACGUCACGAAAACGGGGCAGAUCACCAGUCCACCAGAGACAAGAAGGGCAUUCGACCCAAGUUUCUCAAAAACAAUCCGACAAACAGCCCCAGCCCGAACCAUUCCCGGAUUUGAACCUCUCUGACCUGGGUUCUCUGCCUUCACACACUACUCUGGACUCAAAUUCGGCAUACGACUGUCAUGUUGAUGGGUUUACACAAGACAAGGUACUUGCAGCCUUUGAGAGAGCAAGACUAGCCGAGCCAAAGUCAUCAAGGACAGAAGUAUUGGGACCUGCGGGAGUGACCCACAAUUCAUCUAAAAGUGUUUUCAAGGAAACACCCAAGGAUUCGACUGAGGAAGGUUCUCAGCGUGAGCUGUCCGGCAAGCAGACUGUUGACAAGAUCCUCAUUACAAUCUCGCCUCCUACCUCUUCGACAAGGUCGGCAAAAACAGCAGCUGGCGCUAGUGACCCUGGUGAAAGCUCAGGGCUAAAAUCGACUGUCAAAAUAUCUGCCAGACUACAUCCUGACUCUGCCAGCAAGCGAGAAUUUCCUGGUGGCAAAAGAGGUGAUAGAAAGAAAAUCUUAGGGGACGGAUUUGGGGAAGUAACAAAAGAACAGUUCUUAUCACCAAAAGAAACGUCGCUCAGCAGACAGGUCUUUAGCGCUCGCAGGGACGACCACCCAGUCCUGUAUCAAGUAGAUGAUGAUGGAUAUGAAACUGCAUCUCUUGGCACGUCAACUGAAGUCAGGGCAUCGUCCAGUGGUACAGCCAAGAGUGCGGCUUGUGACGACAACGCUUCUCUUGAUAGUCGCCGCAGAAGACUAGCUAACCGGGACCGCGAGAUCCGGAACCAGGAGGUGAUUAACAGUGAGAGAUAUGAAAAUUGCCCAGAGGACUUUCACGAGGGUUCAGAUUUGGACUCGUUCCGACCGAGGCCCCCUAGACCAUUCACGACAGAGGCGAUGUCACUUGAUGAGGACCAAUCCAGCCCGGGGGACGCCAGAGACGAACUGGCUUUCAAAAACAGAAACGUUUCUAGACUUAGACGAGGUGAAGUUGAUAGCAUGGGGGUGCAGAUUUCACCACCUGAGGUCGUUGGAUUCGGCGAAGAUGAGAUACCGCAAUCACCAAGUCUUGGACCUGUACGCAAGAAGCGUGGUGGCGAUAGCUCUGAGUUCUUUCGAUUCCGCGGAUCUGACGACAAUGUUGAGAACAAGUCAUACGAGUAA